CCGUGCUCAGGCUGCGUUGCUCUUUGCCUCCGCAGGUUCCCGACCGAUGGGUUCCUGCUUCUGGCGCUGCUGCUCUACGCGCCCGUGGGGCUCUGCCUGCUCAUCCUGCGCCUCUUCAUCGGCGUUCACGUCUUCCUGGUCAGCUGUGCCCUGCCCGACAGCGUGCUGCGGCGGUUUAUUGUGCGCGUGAUGUGCUCGGUGCUGGGCUUGUUUGUGCGGCAAAGCGACCCCCGUCUCCGCGAUGCCGACGUGAGGGUGUACAUCGCCAACCACGUGACGCAGUUCGAUCACAACGUCGUCAACCUCCUGACCUCCUGCAACACCCCCGCGCUGAACGGAGCCCCUGGCUUCAUCUGCUGGUCACGGGGCUUCAUGGAGCUGGGAGUGAGCGGCAGCCGGGCGGAGCUGGUGGACUCGCUGAAGGUGUACUCGUCCCACGGAGGGAACCCCCCGCUGCUGCUGUUCCCAGAGGAGGCUGCCACCAACGGCCGUGCCGGUUUGCUCCGCUUCAGCUCUUGGCCGUUCUCAAUCCUGGAUGUGGUGCAGCCAGUGGCCCUACAGGUUCAGAGGCCUUUGAUCGCUGUGAGCGUGGCUGACUCCUCCUGGAUUGCAGAGCUGCUCUGGACCUUCUUUGUUCCCUUCACAGUUUAUCAAGUAAGGUGGAUGCCGUCUGUCCCCAGACGAGCGGAAGAGCUGAGCGAGGAUUUUGCGCUCCGAGUUCAGGAGCUGUUGGCCAUGGAGCUGGGUGUGGUAUCCACACGGCUCACUGCAGCAGACAAAACCGAGCACAUGAAGAGGCUGAGACACACGUCGCUGCUCCGCUUUGCCCCAG